UCAGCUGAGCCGCCCGACGACUUCCUAUGCCCCAUCACGACGGAGGUCAUGGCCGACCCGGUGAUGGCGGCCGACGGGCAGUCGUACGAGCGGUCGGCGAUCGAGCGCUGGCUCACGACCAAGUCGACGAGCCCGCUGACGGGCGAGGCGCUCGAGUACACGGGGCUCUUCCCCAACCACUCGCUCCGCCGGAUGAUCCGAGCGUGGCAGGAGGCG